CUCGAUGAGGUUUAGCACAAUGUCCGUUACUUUGACGCGGAAAAAUGAGCUCGCUUCUCGCAUUACGUUAUGAUGUUGCGGUGCUUCGUCCUCGGUGCUGAUUGUAGUUUACGUUGCGGUUUCUCCCGGUGGAAAUACGAGCAGGCCGCUUCUGGGCUCCCAUCAUGCAUCCGAUGCCCGUGGUCUCCGAUAACCGUGGAGACAUAUUUGACUGCAUACAGAAAGGGGAUAUUGAAAUGUGUAUACAGUUCGUUCAGAGUGACCGAUCAAUUCUCAAGCAGAAAGGCUGGGGUGGUUUCACCCCGCUCCACUACGCUGCCCUCCAUGGUACACGCUCCCUGGUUAACUUUUUCCUAAGUAAUGGAGCUGACCCCAACCUGACAUGUGACGCAGGACAGACCGCCUUUCAUUUUGCCUGCAGGCAAGGGAACAUCUUUAUCAUCCACCAAAUGAUGCAGUAUGGAGCUGAUUUGCGUAUCAUUGAUCUGCAGCAGAAAACAUCACUGCAUCAUGCAGUCACAGGGGGCAGCAUUGUUGCAGUGCACUAUUUGUGGGAGACAGGAAUGUUCCGGUUUUCAGACACAGACAUGUACCACGUGACACCACUUCACCUGGCUGCAUCCACAGGCAACACAGAGGUGGUGCGGUAUCUGCUCAGAGACCAGAGAUGUGCUGUGGAUGCAGUUGACCAGCAGGGAGCGACGGCGCUUCAUAUUGCAGCAGAGAGGGGUGGAGUGGAGGUGUGCUGGACACUGAUGCAGAGAACUGGCUGCAGGAUGCUCCAUCAGAAGAACCACAGCGGCCUCACACCAUUGGACCUCAGCAAACAGGGGAAAACAUUUAGACAUCAGCAACUCACCAAGCUACUGAAUCGGUACAUUAAUGAGCCAUUACACCACAAGCCCAUGGAGUCCAACGUUUUGUAUUACUGGACCCUGUUGUUUCCAACCCUGACUGGAGCUGCCAUCCUGCUAAUAGCAGCCAUGUUGGGAGGCUAUGGGGGGCUAACUUGUUGUUUGCUCUUCCCCUGGCUGGCCAGAAGCAUCUUCACACAGUACCACCGCAUGACCACAUACCAACGGUUACCCAACCCGAUAUACCUAGGAACCCUCAUAGCUGGCUUGUUCCAUUCCCUGCUCUGCUUCUAUGGAAAGGUGAUGCCUAGUGUGUGGUCAGACAGUGCUCUGGUCCACGUGUCAAUGGUCCACUUCUCCGUAGUCCUCGUUUUGUUCAGCAAGGUUAUGACUCAGGACCCUGGGGCGCUGCACAAAGCCGAGGCAGAUCCUCGGUUCUCCUGCGUCGCUGACCUGGUGGAGAACAACGAGAGCCCUCACAGGUUCUGUCCAUACUGCGAGUUGUUUCCGCCUGACUACACAAAACACUGCAAGCUGUGCGAGAUGUGCAUCAAAGACUACGACCACCACUGCCUCUUCCUCAACCGAUGCGUCGGCCGCGGCAACCACCGCCUCUUCCUCUUCUUCAUCUUCUCCAUGGGGAUUGCCCACCUGCUUUUUGUUGCCACGGCGACAAGUUACCUGUGCGGCAAGAUGCCUCUGGGCAACCGCAGCUUUUCGUUGUGGCUGACAUUGUUCGGGGAAGAGUUUUGGGUUGUUGCCAUGGUGGUGAUGAAUGCACUGACUCUGCUUUGGGAGGUGUGGCUACUGAUUGAGCAGUUUGACGCCGUCGCCACUGGGACAACCACGUACUUCAGACAGUGUGAGAGCUCGGCGCGGCAGAGGUCACUAGGGCAGCGCUGGGUUAUAGUGCUGUCGUAUCUCCUGGAGGGUCGAAGGCGUGUGGGAAGAGGACAAUUGAGAGCGGACAAAGCUGCCAUAGAUAUUUAAAAAUCAGUACAAUGGUCAGUACAAUUUUCCACAUGUUGUACUUGAAGGUGAAAUGUGGUUAUUUCUCAAUAUUCUUUUUUAAUAUAGAGUGGUCUACAGAAUAGAGUAGUCAUCAGAUGUGUGGUAGCAGGAUAAUAGUUCACCUAGAUUUUAGAAACCUCACAGAAUACUUUUAAGAUAUCACUGUUCCAAUGAACUUGUUGGUGUAAAUGGUUCUGUGUCGUGAAGUACUUGUGUUUUAGCAGGGAACAACAUUUACACCCAUCUUUUCAAAUGUACAUGUUUUUUUAGUGUGUAAAAGCAUUGUUCAAAGUUGUGAAGAUUUGUGUAGGACUGGUGAUGAUGGUUACUACUAAGUUUACUGAAAGACUUUGUUCCUGACGUAAUGUAAUUACCUUUCUGACCUGCUCCCGGCCAUUUGAGCCACGACACUUCCUCUGCUCUCUCUAAUGAGACGUGCUUUUUUUGUGUCUUCAAUUAAACUCCCUCAUUUCCUCUGUUUCCCUCAGGACCAUUUUUCUAGAUUAUAGAUGAUGUUCUGGAGCCCUCACAGGCUGGUGUGUCUGGACUAUGUGAGAGGCUACGUCACGUGAUACUGUUUAGUGUCUAAUGUGCUGCCUGUCGCGCACAUGGAGCGUUUUUUCAGUGUUAUUGUAUGUACUACCCUAUUAGAUUUUAAAUGUAAUAAUGUAUUUUAUCUGUGAAUACACAAUGUCUUUUGGUUUCAAAGAUUAUACCUAAUUUGUGCCAUGAUGUUUUUAUGCUGAAUAAAAAACAUACUGAAAUG